AUGGAGCUAACAGCACAGCAGCUGAUCCAAUACAACGGCACCGACCCAUCAAAGCCGAUAUACGUGGCACUGAAAGGUCGCGUCUUUGACGUGACGGACGGCAAGUCGUUUUACGGGCCUGGAGGGCCGUACGCGAUGUUCGCGGGCAAGGACGCCAGCAGAGCUCUGGCGAAGAUGACCAAGAACGAAGAAGACAUCACUGCCUCCCUCGACGGCCUCUCGGAGAAGGAGAUCGGCGUCCUCACCGACUGGGAGAAGAAGUUCGAAGCUAAGUACCCAGUUGUUGGCCGUGUUUUUGAUCCAGCUGUUCAUAUGUGCAUUGUUGUGUUGUUCACUGAAAUCCCUAAUUUUGAUGUUCCAAGGCACCAGGGUUUUGCCUGUACUGGUACAACAAUUGCAACAAUUAAUGCAUGA